AUGGAUUAUGUGGUAGAAGAUGAGAAGAAACACGAUCAACGUCUUGAAGAAACGAUGAAGAUAUUUGAAUAUGGAGGUGAUCGGUGUCUUCAAAAAACGAUCAAGAUCAAGAAGCGGCCACCACGGUGCCAUGAUGAUGAGAAGAAACACGAUCAGCGUCUUGAAGAAACGAUGAAGAUAUUCGAAGAUGGAGGUGAUCGGUGUCUUCAAAAAACGAUCAAGAUUAAAAAACGGCCACCACGGUGCCAUGAUGAUGACGACAAUGAAGAUGGUGAUGGGGGGUGUGUUCAGGAGAAAAAGAAGCUGAGGAUGAAGAAGAUGAUGGAUAGGGCAAGGUGUCCGUCUCUCCAUGCAACACCAGAGCUCCCUGUCAUCCUCAGGAAUCGGAUCAAGAUACGACAAAGUUUCCUCACACCUGAAGAGAACGAGAGGUUGAACUCAGGAGGAAACGGAAAAAAAUGUGUAGAUAUGGAAGUGAUGUUGAUUAAGCCCUCCCUUCAUCGGGAAACCAUCAGUCUGAGGAAGUGGAACAUGAAGAAAGCUUCCGGAAAUUCUACCUCAAUGUAUGUGUUGGUGACUAAUUGGAAAUCGGUUACGGAAAGGAAUAACAUGAAGGAAGAUGAAACGGUGCAGCUCUGGUCUUUUCGAAUCAAGUCCAAGUUGGGUUUCGCUCUUGUAAAGAGAAGACUACAAGAUGAUCCUAGGAAUUGUUCAUUAAGGGGUACCCUGGAUAGCUGA